AUGCGAGCAGCCCAGAACACCUCGCGAAACCCCAUCGGAUCCUGCCAAGGGCCAGUGCACGAUUUACGCUGGAUCAGAGACUUUACCGGAGGACCUUUCAGCCUCGAGCAGGAGUUCAACGAGUUCAUACUAAAUCUAGCCAACGGAACACCACAAGUUAUCCGCGAGACGCUAGAGGAAAGCUUCCGGAUGCGUGUCGGAAAUCGCAUUGUCUUUACCCACGCCGACUUGUCACCACGUAACAUUAUUGUCCGAGACGGAAGGAUCUGCGCACUCCUCGAUUGGGAGUAUUCCGGCUGGUAUCCUGAGUACUGGGAAUACAUCAAGUUCUUCGAUCGCCCAACGGGCUGUAAAGGCUGGUACGACCUGGCAAUGGAGAUUUUCGAGACUCGCUACCCCUCAGAGCUCCUAAGCCACCAAGCGGCCAUAAGAUGGCAACGUCCGUAG